AAAAAAAUGAGUCAACUUAUCGACACAGACUCUACAUGUGUAGCUCCAUGUAAAAUGUGGCUUAUCAAGCUCAUCACCAUCACAUUUUUGACUGCUGUUUGUGCAGCUCAGGAUAAGGAGGAUGACCCACCCACACCAUCUCUGCAGCUGAAAUCAGACUGGUUUGAUGUGUUCCCUUCUGAGAAAGUGGAGUUCAGUUGUAAUGUUAAAAACAGAACUGACUGGACUUUUAUAUGGUACCACAAUGGAGAGAAAGUUCCAGACCACAACCCAAACUUUCAUUUUGCUGCAGAGGGAUCAAUACUUACCCUCACUGUAGCAACACAAAUAUAUUCUGGUAAUUACUCUUGCAAAGGAAAACACAAACUGGAAGGCCUUAACACUGAAGAGAGUGAAUUCAUUGAACUCAAAGUCUAUUCAAAAAAACCCAAACCCACUGUGACCCAAACUCCAAACUUUGGCACUAUGUUCCGUGGAGAAUCUGUUUCCCUCAGAUGCAUGGUUGAUGUGUCAUCUGGGUGGGAGUACAUGUGGUACAGUGAUGGCAAAAAAAUUCAAGCAACUGAUAUAUAUAACGUAAGUUCAGCAGAUCAGCCUCACAGUGUGAAGUACAGCUGCCGAGCCAGGAGAGGACAAUUCUUCUCUGAGGAAAGUGACACAAAGACGCUAGACUUCUCAGACCCACCUCAGCCAUUUCUGAAUCUGCUGACACCAUGGUUGGAUGUGUUCCAGUCUGAGAAAGUGGAGUUAAGCUGUGAAGUUAAUGGCCCCGACUGGACAUUCACCUGGCAUAAAAAUGCAGCGAUACUACAUCCUGACUCAUCAAUUAUCUUGAGCCAAGGAGGCUCACUGCUCACUAUCCCUUCAGUCGAUCUAACCCACCAAGGUCUCUAUGAGUGCAAAGCACAGCACAAAUCCAGGCAGAUCAGCUCUGGAUUCAGCAAUCCAACCAGUAUCACUGUUUAUGCUGUCCUACCCAAACCGUUACUGAGAAAGGAUCCCGGUUUUACCCAGAUGUAUGUUGGAGAAACAGUGCACAUGACCUGCAUAGUUGAUGAGGCUUAUGACUGGGAGUAUCUCUGGUACCAAAAUGGACACAAGCUGAGUGAAACCAGCGAAAAUUUCACCAUCCCUCUCAGCCUAUUUGACGGUGGCAAAUACUCAUGCAAGGCCAUAAGAGGUAGCAAUACUUUGACAGAGCACAGCAACGAAGUGAUCCAAGAUGUUCUUGAAAUUCCUGUUCCAUCUUUGAACCUAACAAGCCAGUGGUUUGAUGUUUUCCCCACUGAGAGUGUGGAGCUGAGCUGUGUUAUUCAGAGCGACUUAAAGUGGAUGUACACAUGGUAUAAAGAUGGAUACAAGGUCCAGAGUGGCAACACUUUGUCCUUUGGUCCAGAUGGAACAAGUCUUUCCAUCAAAUCUUUUUCAGACUUAAAUGCUGGACAGUAUACAUGUGUGGGACAGCUCGCCGACAGGUCUGUCACCAGCAAUGUCAGCUCUGGACUAUCGCUGACAGUUUAUGAUAAGAAACCCAGCAUCACACUGACACAGGAUCCAGAGUAUAAAGUGAUGUUUCCUGAUGAAUCAGUGUCUCUUCGAUGUCAUGUUAAUGUCUCCUCGGGAUGGGAGUACAGUUGGUUCAAAGAUGGACAACAACUGGCCAUAAAUAAAGACGCUCUCAUCAUUCACUCUCUUAGGAAAACAAACAGUGGAUCAUAUAAAUGUCAAGCAAAAAGAGGGCAAAAUCAAGUGUUCCUCACAGCCUUCAGCCAGACUGCAGGACUUGAAAUUGAAGCACAAAAGCCUAAACCUUUACUGACUCAAGAGCCAAAUGCUGAUAAAGUGUACAUCGGAGAGUCAGUGUCCUUCAAAUGUGCGGUUGGCAUUUCAUCCGAUUGGAAAUAUCAGUGGUUCAAAGAUGAAGUAGCACUCGUAGUCACUGGCAGCACUUUAAGCAUCAAUGCCACUUAUUUUUCUGACAGCGGAGCCUAUGAGUGCAAAGCAACACGGAGCAAAACGUUAUUCAGUACAGCUCAUAGCGACAAACAGACCUUGAACAUAUCUGAAAUCCCUGUUCCCAUAUUGAAACUGAGGACCCCGUGGUCUGAUGUUUUCCCUACUGAGAGUGCAGAGAUGAGCUGUGAGAUGCAAAGCAGCUCAGAGUGGACGUACUCGUUGUUCAAAAAUGGAGAAAAGGUCCAGAGUGACAAGGAUGUAGCUACGUUUUUAGUCAGCUCAGCUGGCCAGUACAACUGCAGGGCACACCACAAGAGCAGGCCAGUCAGCAGUACCUUCAGUUCUGGACUUCUUCUCAAAGUCUACGAUAUGAAACCCAGCAUCAUUCUGACCCAGAAUCCCUACUAUGAUGUAAUGUACACUGAAGAGUCAGUCUCCUUUAGCUGUCACGCUAAUGCCUCUCAUGGAUGGGAGUACGAAUGGUAUAAAGAUGGCAAAGAGCUGUCCGUGUCUGGCAACCACCAUAAAAUCAAUGUUACUGUGGAGUCUCACAGUGGAUCAUACAAAUGCAGAGCAAGAAGAUACGGGACAAAAGUGUUUCUUACAGACUACAGCCAGGACAUUAAACUUCACAUUCAAGCUCGCCCACGGGUGGACAUAAGCCUGUUAACUGGUUGGUCUGAAGUCUUUUCGACAGACAGCCUGGUGCUCAGAUGUGAGGUGUCAGGAAGCCAAGACCAAUGGAAUUACACAUGGUUCAAAGAGGGAGAAGCAGUUGCUCUGCCACCCUCUGACAAACACACAGUCAUGCCUCAGAACGACCCCGAGCAGAGUCAAUACACGUGUCAGGGGAACCGCAGUGGGAGACCUUCAUACUCACAGCAGAGUGAGCCCUUCAAGACCAAGAACCUUCUCCUGAAAAGACGAGUGCUUCUUUCCAUCUCUGGCUGUCUCUUCUUUGGCAUCAUUGUUGUCUUUCUUGGAUGCAUCGCCCUCAGAGUGUUCCGUAAACCAGCUGAGAAUGCAGAGACUGUUGAGGAGCCCAACUUGUUUCUCACCAUGGCUGAGCUGAAAGCACGCGAUGAUGCACCGUGUCCGCUGGUCCAGUACAUCACUGAUGUAUCACUGAAUGUUCCAACUAAAGAUGAAGAUGACAACUGCAGUGAAGAUUCCCCACUAUGCAUAACCUCAGAGGGAGACCAAGCUGUGACAUCUGAGAGCAAUGGUACAGCGGAAACCAACGGCGGACUUGUUUCCUUUAAAUCAUGACUCGGCAAAGACCAAUUUUCAUUUCCUUAGCUACAGAAUGGAAAAGUAUUCAUUGAUAACUUUAUGACAUCAUAAAACAAUCAGCUGUAUAUAAGUUAAGCUACUAAUGCCCAACGAACAUUCACAGGUUCUCUGUUUCAGGUCUGGAUGGACUGCUGAGGCUUAAUUUAAAGGGGUCAUAUUACAUACCACAUGGAAUGAAAAUGUUAUAAUAGUAAUAGUAAUAGUAAUUAUAAUAGUCAAAAAAUGCAUCUUUUUUGGCUAUUAACAUUUAUAGCCAAAAAUGCAUUAUAGAUGCUAAUGGUUCCUAAAAUAAUAAUAAUAAUAAAAAAACAAUUUUCAGGUUCUAAAUUCAGCCUGUUUCUGUGACUGUUACUUUAAAUGGAAAGGAUCUGCCAGUGGCCACACCCACUUUUCAUUUAAAAAGGUGGCAUGUCUCAGCCUAUCACAGGUGGUGCAGCUGUUCACCACACAGCACAGUUUAGCUCAGUGAAUGUGUUGCCCACAGAAACCAGCGUCCAAAUGUGGAUUUCUUUUAUAUAUGUCAUGGAAGUCUAAAACAAGUUAAUUUAAGCCUAAAAUUUCCUUAUUCAGUACUUUAACAUUUCACAUAAUCCCCCUGAUGGCCCCCUGCGCUUCCCAGAAUGCACCACAGCGCCAGCAGAGUUCCAGCGUCUCACAGCGCAUAUACGAAACAAUGGCUAGUGAGGAUGUGGAUGGCAUUGGUCCAGCGAGUUCAUGGGCGAUUAUGAUGAUGACACGUUCUCCCAAGUUGAGAGGGUUGUCUCGAGGAGGUGUAACACCUGUGAUGGACGUCUGCUGUGCCCCGAUGUUGUUGUCCACACUUCACAAGGUUUGUUUACAUUGUGCUCUGAACCGGAACUCUGCUGAAACUGACCUCUCGCGUGAGUCACAGACCGCAAAAUGGUGUGAGAUUCACAACUGCGAAACAGCGAAUAGCUGGGGGUUUCGACAUGCACAGACAUAGAAUUGUGGGGCUUUGAGGACAUUUACCUUGACACCCUAAAAGGUGGAUAAAAUAGAUAGUAUUUUUGACCCCUUUAAAACUGCAUUAUAUUUAAAAAUUUUAGUUUAAAAGCAGUUUGUAAUGUUUGACAAGUGACAUUUUAGUAGUGCUACAGAUGUCAUGUGAUCACCAGUGUCACUAAAAUGUAUUUUCUGUACACUGUGAAUUUUGUGAAAAUCUGUUAAAGUGAUGGACCAACUGACUGACCAAUGAAUGUGCACACAUUUGUUUUUACCGGAAAGCGUACGUACACAUUUUAAUCACAUUACUGUAUUACAGAACUGAGUCUCAGAUAUACAACCCCAAAUCAAAAGAAGUUGGAAUGAUAUGGAAAAUGUGAAUUAAAAAA